AUGUCGGCGGUAUUGUUGCUUUGUUGCAUACCCUGGGCCAAGCAUUGGUCCCGAUGGCCUGACGUACCUGUUGUCAACUUCGAAGACUACUGCACAGUGACCCAGACAUCGGCGUUGAUACUUUUACCCCAGCUGAAGAAUAAAGGGCCAGGAGAAUCACUGGCAAUGUAUCCGUUGAAUUAUAUUGAGAACACCAGAUUUCUUUUCUUGCAAAUAGGGCAAUCCUUGUCACACUUCACCGCUUGUGUUGGGUCAAACCACAAGUACUUUGGCAGAAGGAGAUUAGUCAUGAAUCCCAUGUUUAAUAUGCUGCGCGGCGUCUCUGCACUGGCUAUGGUGAUCAUGGUGUCUGCGGCGAAGCUGCCAGGCUACAGUGCUGGAGGCGACUCUGGUUUGGGCGUCGCGCUCGGCGGAGCGGGAGGCCACGGCGGCGUCGGAGGUGGAGCCGGAAGCGGUAACGUUUAUCAGGCAGUUCUAGUCGGUAGCGGACACCUCCCUGCUAGUGCUCUUGGAGGCGCUGCAGGAGGCUUCGCCGGAGGUGCCGCAGGAGGCUUCGCCGGAGGUGCCGCAGGAGGCUUCGCCGGAGGUGCCGCAGGAGGCUUCGCCGGAGGUGCCGCAGGAGGCUUCGCCGGAGGUGCUGUUGCAGAAGAAUACAUUGGACCAGUGACUGCUCCUGUUGGCCCUGUUGGACCAGUUUCGCCAGUCGUUGACGAGUACGGCGAGCCAAGCAUCAGCGCCGGACCCUUCAUCUCUGUCGACCCCGCCCCCCCAUCGGAGCCCGUCGUCCCUGUCCCGACUCUUGUCACCCUUGAUGAAGCCGCCCACGUCAGCCCCCCUGCUGGCGAAUACGGCUCGCCCAGCUUCUGA